AUGUCGGGCCUCAAAGUCCUUGUGUCAGGAGCCUCAAUCGCGGGACCUGCAACAGCCUAUUGGCUUGCAAAGGCUGGCGCAAAGGUCACAGUAAUUGAACGCUUUCCCGCUCUGCGCACCGGCGGACAAGCCGUCGACAUUCGCACCGCUGGUGUUUCGGUCAUGCGAAAGAUGGCAGGGUUGGAGGCUGCUGUGAGAGCCAAGUCGACGCAAGAAGAAGGGAUCAGCUUUGUUCGCGAAGAUGGCACGCCUUACGGAGUUAUCAGACCAACUGGCAACCCGGACCAACAGUCGCUUGUCUCGGAGUACGAGAUCUUACGCGGGCAUUUAUCCAAGAUUCUGUUCGAUAUGACAAAGGACAACAAGAACAUCAACUACAUAUUUGAUGAGCAGAUAGCGUCGAUGCAGCAGAGUGAAAAGAUUGCCGGCCCUAUCACAGUCACGUUUGCAAACAGUACGGAAGCCUCGGAGUACGAUUUGGUGAUUGCUUGCGAUGGCGCGACAUCGAGAACGCGUGCAUUGGGACUGGGAUGUAAUGUUGGUGAUCACAUCGUCUCAACCAACUGCUGGUCGGCCUACUUCUCGAUACCCCAGGACGUCCUCAGCGGAAGCAAAAUUGGACAGGGAUUCAACGCAGUGAGAGGGCGGAAUAUCAGCAUUGGUACGGAUCCCGCAGGCUUCAGUCGCGUCUUGCUCAUGUGCAUGAACUCGAGAGGUAAGUCAGAGAGCGCGGACGCGUUUCGGGAGGCUUCAGCAAAAGGGAAUGACGCGCUCAAGAAGUACAUUGCGCAGCAUUACAGUGACGUAGGAUGGAAAAGCAGUAUCGCUCUGAAGAAAAUGAUGAGUUCCGAGGACUUUUACGCGAGUGAAAUUGUACAGGUCAAAACACCGACAUUGUCCAAGGGGCGGUUUGUCUUGGUUGGUGAUGCAGGAUACGCAGCAGGUCUCACAGGCGGUGGAACCAGCCUCGCCCUUGCAGGCGCUUACAUCCUGGCAGGAGAGCUGAGCAAACACAAGGGAGAUAUCACAGCUGGUCUUGAGGGUUAUGAGCAACAGAUCAGGCCUCUGAUCAACAAGAUGCAGGUGAUUCCUCCGCUCAUCACGACAAUCUUGGCGCCGCAGACAGCUUGGGGUAUUUGGCUGCGCAACAAUAUUUUCGCCUUGGUCGCGUGGACGGGGCUCGUCGAGUUCGCUCAGCGGUACAUUGGCGCUGGCUUUGGCGAUACGAAAGCAUUUCCAAUUCCCGAGUAUGAUUGGGAGAAUUGA